GCAUAUGACCUGCGAUUCUGAUCGACCGUGUAAACGAUGCAUCAAGAGAAACAUCGGACACCUGUGUCAUGACGAACCGAGAGAAGGCCACGGAUCUCACAAGAAAUCCAAGGCAGACGACUCGGAGACAGCUGGGGUCGACGACCCUUCUCCUCCAAAGGAUGACUUUCCUCCAGCACCCAGCCUGCCUACACCCACGCUGUUAGACGAGACGGGCCACGAUCUCCUGCAAGACAGCAAUAGUGGUCUGAGACCCUCCACAAAUGACACCAUGCCGGUCUCUGUUUCUAAUCAAAGCGCACCUACUGCAACAAUAGGGCUUAAUGGCAACGCUCAGGCUCAUUUUGGAUAUAAUGACCCAUGGCUUGGGGUGCAGAAUCGAUUUCACGACAUGCAUACUUUCCACCCUAACUACAUGUUUAACGCAAACGAGGUCACGGACGAGUAUAAUCUACUCAACGACUUCCUAAGCACCAGUUUGUUCGAAGAGACGGGAAUGUAUUCGACGGAUGAGUUCCAAGGUCCUUUCAAUGAUCCCUCUUUUAUGAACUCGAUAGCGGCUUCGUCGCUCACCUUGCCGCCAAGUGAGCCUUUGAUUCCCCAGGAGCAGCAGACCGAUGGACACAUUGCAGUGCAGAACAAUGCUGCGCAAGCCGCCAUGAUAUCCCGACCGUCGAGCGUGAAGCCAGUCUCGGACAAGGCGAGGGAAAAAUACUACAUGAUGGCGGCAGAUCCUACAGGCGCUGAACCACCGGAAGAACGAAUGCAGAAACUGCUCAAGGCCAAGUACGAUGCUGGAAUGCUCAGGCCUUUCAACUACGUCAAUGGGUAUGCCAGGCUUAACAAGUACAUGGAGAAGAAUAUGAAGCAGUCUUCUCGUCACAAGAUUCUGAUGCAGUUGGACCAAUUCAGACCAAAGUUCAGGGAACGAAUGCAGAGUCUGACAGAUAUCGAACUAGUCCUGGUCGAGAUGUGGUUUGAAAGAAGUCUGAUGGAGUACGACAGAAUCUUUGCUAGCAUGGCCAUACCAGCCUGCUGUUGGAGAAGAACUGGUGAAAUCUUUCGAGGCAACAAAGAGAUGGCAGAAUUGAUCCACGUGCCCAUCGAGUCACUUCGUGAUGGCAAGCUGGCCAUCCACGAGAUCAUUGUCGAAGAUCAACUGGUCAGUUAUUGGGAAAAGUUCUGUGCAAUCUGCUUCGACCAGCAGCAAAAGGCAAUGCUUACUAGCUGUACAUUGCGGAGCCCAAAUGGUGUGCAGGGCGACGAGAUACCUUGUUGUUUCUCAUUUACGAUCCGGAGAGACAACCACAACAUGUGAGUUCAUAACCUGGCUGGAUCUGCUUUUGGCUUACCAUCUCAGACCAUCGUUGAUUGUGGGCAAUUUUUUGCCGAUGAAUCCAACAAAGCAUUGAUUGGAGGAAUGAAGUGUUACUUGUACAUUGUGAUGGGACCAGAGUAUCAUUACUUUGAGCGCAUAAAAAGUCUGAGUGUCAUUUCGUGUUCUGGUGGUUGCUCUUUUACCCUCCUCGUUCGGUCAUGAGUCGUGCAAUCCUCAUGUGAACUUUUGGUCACUCCAUUGCCGUGUUCCCGAUGCCCUUCAAUGAAGUCGCAAGUAAGGCGCAGUCGGUCCUUG